AUGCUCCAACGGUGCAACUCCUCCCGGCUGGACCGCUUGGGUGUGGUGGUGGGUUGGCGCAAAGGAGAUGCGGCUUCGCUGAUGGCCAAAUCGGCAGGCGGGCAGGCAAUUGCGUUGCUGGCGGUAGCGCUGAGCAGCCUCUGCAACAAUGGAGAUGUUCUCCUCGGGCUAUCGCAAAAGCUCCUUCCUGCGUCGCUUACACUGGCUAGUGGGUAUCAGCUUGGUGAAGUUGCCAAGCGGCUAUCGACCAAAUUAGCACCCCUGGGUUUUGGCAAUGUGCUUGCCCAGCAAGUGUCUCGCAUCUAUGACGCCUACAAGCACCUCCAAAAGCCGAUGCCUGCUGAUAUUAUUGCAGUAAUGACUACAGAGUCGGUAGUCGACCUCUUAUAUGCAAUAUCGCGUGCCCUGCUUGAAGAGGACCGCGUGGUCCGAAUCUCAGGAACUCGCUCUAUGGGAUAUAUAGCUGCGCUUGUUAUGUUUAUGUUCCCUCAAGACUGUCAGGUGACAGUCGACGACAACAUUAUAUUUUCCGGGCCCAAGAAGACAAUCCUGGUCGAACUCGGAAAUGGCGAAGAGGAGCACCCAACGGAGAUCAGGAAUGAAACUAUUUGGCGCAUUUCCCAAGCGACUCCCUCACCUAUCAUUAUCAAGCCUCGAGAACCCAGGGUCGCUGACGAAGCCGGUUUCUUUACAUGGGAAGGAUACGUGGCGGAUCGAUUGCAGUUGGAUUUCUUUGACCAGGGAGUCAAAUGCACCGAGGAGCUUUUCAUAGCUAUCGCCGGCUUGUUGCUUCUUCUUCCAGCGCAAAUGCAAGGGGCCAUUGCACGCCAGGGUGGUCGGCCAUUUCCACGCAAAGGGCUCAUUGCCCUGUUAGGUAACCACCCAAAGUACAGGAUGUCUAAGGCCUGCCAGAAAAUUUUGCGAAUUCCACCUAUUGAGCCUCCUAGUGAUUUUGAAGAGGCAUUGAAGGCGCUGGUGGGCGUCUUUCAGUCAGUUAGUGAGCCCCAUGUCUCAUGUACCUGCUCUAGUACAACGAGCAAGUGCAACCCGUCUCUGGGAUGGGAGUCUUCUUCGGUCCUCACGAGAAAAUGUGAGUUUUCCAAUCUAUGGCUGAGUGUUGGGAGGGCGUUGGACACUGGCUUGUUGGCUUUUUUCGUUGAGGCAGGGACGAACGCGGUCACUUCGGACACGUUCGGCAGGGCUGCUUACAGCCUCGGAAUGGCCACAAGAUUCGUGACGAAGAAGCUCAAGCGGGAGACUUUCUUCACUACUUUCCGGGAAAUUCAUCAGGAUGUUCUCAGGUUGGCAGGACGGUACCUUGGGAGGAGUGAGGAACUGGCUUGCUCCGAGUCCAGUACGGUUUAUUCUAGUGUACUUGAAACCAUGUCGCUGGAUCGCGACCGCGGAGCGACAUAUUAUCUUGUUGAUGGACAGCUCCUAUUUAAUGGCCACUACCACUCCAAAUUGUGUGCUUUUUCGGCCCCGGACAGACCCCGGGCGAAUGAAUCCAUUUACGCGCACAAUGGCGUGGUCAAACCUUCCCGUGCGGGCGAACAUAUGGAUCUACUGUUCACCGUGCACGAGCGAUCAUCACACUUGGAACUGACAUGCACUGCUCGUUUUUCUGGAAGCACAGUGCGCCUCCAGCUCUCCCGGCUAAUUCUUGCGUCUUACGACCUCGAAGAAAGCGAGCCCUGUGCCCAUUCCCCGACUAGACAAUUGAGCUUGGAUAAGGCCAAGAAUAUAAUGACAACCUCUGUUGCGGCCCCAAGAGCACAAAAGGACAAGAUUGCCAUUGUUCAAACUGCGCGGAAUGAAACAGCACAGCUACUCAGCUGUGAGCUAGGUGUACAGACAAUCUUACAGAAACAAUCAUGCCUUGACUGUGCGUACGAUCAAGCGAUUGGAAAAUAUGAAAUGAUUAUUGUUGCUUGA